CCGAUCUUUAUACCAAACUAUCACUUCAAACUAAGGAUUAUAGACGGUGGAUUCCCUGGUUGUUGGAUUUAAUAAGGCUACAAGCACCUGAUCGCCCGUGAGCACCAUGACUUUGAACAAGUGUGACAAACUGCGGAGCAUGGACAAGAGGAGAGGCAGCAUGCCGUUCCCCAUGCAUCUGCCCAACUUGCAUCGGAGGAGCAUGCCCGUGGACGACCGGGACCUGCGCGCCACGAUGCCUCAGAUGGAGCAACACGAGGAGCUGUCCAACCUCUUGCGCUGCACCUCCUACUCUCCCGGAGAGCCUCACCGGGACAGCUGCGUGUCAGACUCCUCCGACUCCGUCAUCUCCUCCGGCAGCGACGCCGAGAGCCAGGUGUACAAGGUGGUGCUCCUCGGAGAGCACGGGGUCGGCAAGUCCAGCCUAGCGCGUGUCUUCGGAGGAGUUGAGGAUGGUCACGACUGCGAUGAGGCAGGAAACACGUAUGACAGAUCUAUUGUGGUGGAUGAAGAGGAAGCAUCCAUCAUGCUGUACGACAUCUGGGAACAGGAUAACAGCCAGUGGCUGAAGGAGCAGUGCAUGAGGAUGGGAGACGCCUACAUCAUCGUGUAUUCGGUGACAGACAAGUCAAGCUUUGAGAAGGCAUCAGAGCUGCGUAUUCAGCUGCGCCGAGCCAGGCAAUCGGAGAACAUUCCCAUAAUCCUUGUGGGCAACAAGAGUGACCUGGUGCGGUCCAGAGAAGUGUCUGUUGAUGAGGGCAGUGCGUGUGCAGUGGUUUUCGACUGCAAAUUCAUCGAGACAUCGGCAUCGCUUCACCACAAUGUGCACGACUUGUUUGAGGGCAUUGUCCGACAGAUUCGUCUGAGGAAAGACAGCAAGGAGGAGAAUGCACGCCGCAUGGCCAACUGCAAGCGUCGGGAAAGCAUUGGCAAGAAGGCCAAACGGUUUCUGGGUCGCAUGGUUGCACGCAAGAACAAGAAGAUGGCUUUCAGGCAGAAGUCAAAGUCCUGCCAUGACCUAUCAGUUCUCUGAGGAGCAGACAGGACACAAAAGGACUCAAAAUUUUCCCCUUUGGCCUCUGAAGACCAGAAGCUGUGUGUGUUUUAACACUAACCCUAAAUGAGGACUGAUAGAGCUGUACAGAAAUGCAAUAUAUUUUUAUUUUUUAGACACCAAACAAAAGCAAAUAGAGGACUCAAUGAAACAUGACUGACAUUGUUCAAGUCAUAUCAUGAUAACGAUGAUUACCUGCAUGCAGUUUUUCAAAGCUCAAACUUUUUAUUUUGAAUUAAUUAUUUUGUCUGCCUUAAAUGUGUUGCUGUCAUAGUAUGUUAAGUAUGUAUGAUAAAUACAAAAAGGCUUGUUAUUUCUAAUCAGUUGUAAAGAUUGCCUUGCUUUGGGGUUGUUGUUCUGCUCCUUUGUCUGAGGGGACUGAUGUAUAUACUGUAAGCUGAAUGACGAUGAGUACAACAUACAUCUCACUGUCCAGAAAAAAAAAAAAAAAAAA